UUCCGUUGUGCCCGCCGCCAUUUUGUGGUGUGGCGGUGGUCGUGCUGGUGCUGCUGCUGCCGCGGAGCUCUAGCCACCAUGGUGAAACUGUUUAUCGGCAACCUUCCCCGAGAAGCCACCGAGCAGGAGAUCCGCUCCCUCUUUGAGCAGUAUGGGCGGGUUUUGGAAUGCGACAUCAUCAAAAACUAUGGCUUCGUGCACAUAGAGGACAAGACAGCGGCUGAGGACGCCAUCCGCAACCUCCAUCACUACAAGCUCCAUGGAGUGUGCAUCAACGUGGAGGCCAGUAAGAACAAGAGCAAGGCCUCCACCAAGCUGCACGUGGGCAACAUCAGCCCGAGCUGUACCAACCUCGAGCUGCGGUCCAAGUUUGAGGAGUACGGCCCCGUCCUUGAGUGCGACAUCGUGAAGGAUUACGCUUUCGUUCACAUGGAACGAGCGGAGGAUGCUGUGGAGGCCAUCAGGGGCCUCGACAACACCGAAUUCCAAGGCAAACGAAUGCGCGUGCAGUUGUCCACCAGCCGUCUCAGGACCGCGCCCGGGAUGGGAGACAAGAGUGGCUGCUACCGGUGUGGGAAGGAGGGUCACUGGUCUAAAGAGUGCCCGGUAGAUCGCACGGGGCAAGUGCCAGAGUUGACCGAAACUUAUAGCGAGCAGUACGGAAUGGUGCGCCCCCCCUACCCUACGGGCUAUGGGGACGCCGUGUAUUACGAUGACCCCUAUGGAAUGGUGGACUACUAUAAACGGUACCGCGCGAGGUCUGCCGCAGCGGCGGCGUAUGGGGCUUCUGCAUAUGACGCUUAUGCGGAGCACACCAUGGCCCAGUAUUCCCAGUACGCCCAGUACUCACAAGCCACAGCCAUGGCCAGUCGCAUCACUACUGCCUUAGACCCCUACGAGAGGGCCUUGCUGCCAACCUCGGGAACUGUAGCAGCGGUGGCCGCCGCUGCUGCGGCCGCCACCUCCACAUUUUACACCCGGGAUAGAAGCCCUCUGCGUCGCUCGGCAGCUGCGGCUUCCACCACUGGAGACGUGUACGGAUACGAGCGUGUGCAGCUGUCUCCCGUCCCGCGAUCCUCCCUCUACGAUGUCCAGCGGUUCGGGCGGGAUGCAGGCGCGGACAGGUUGCGAUACUCCGCGUAUUGAGCCUGGAGGUAGGCUAUUUGAGGGCUGGACGUCGGGUUCCUGUGGUACAUCCGCGGCAAAACUGUACCAGGCUUCACGAUGUGUCGAUUUGUGUUUAGCAUGGUCUCACUAACGGACAUCUUGUGUCUCUUCGAAACUUAGUGACAGCUAAAUUUCUUUUUAUAUAUAUAUAUAUAUUAAAACAACACCAGAAACCUCCCCAGGAAUUGCUGGGCUGGGGGAAGGAGUUGGUGUUUGUGGGGAUGGUUGCUGUUUUGCACCUCCUCUUUGGAGAGGGUAAUUGUCUUUGCUUUGUUGAUCUCUGUUUAGAUCUAUAUUUUAAGCUUAGACAGGGUGCCACUAGGAAAGCAAGAAACAAAUUCUUUUCCUUUUGGAGCCUUUUUGGAACUGCUGCCUUCUCCCCCAGCUUAGUUUGUGGCUAAUAGACUUAAUUUUGAGAUUUGAAUAAUCAGACCUUUUUUUUCCCCCCUAUGAGAAGUCAUUGUCGUACUUGGUAUUUUCUUGAGGUUUGGCCCCUCCUGUAGAGUCCUUUCCUCCUUAAAUUUUUAUCAACCUGUGACUUUUGUUCUCUGGAGUUGUUUGACAAAUUUCUUCCCCCUUCCUCCAUAAAAUAAAAUAUUUGUAACAGA